AUGUUCAACAACGCAGAGAUACGCAGCAUUAGAAAUGCGAAUCGUUUCAAGUCGCACAUGCAGAGCGAUAGUCUUGUCGACUUCAAUAAGCAGUUGGAGGAUACCAGGAUCACACCUCGGAAGUCUUCCAUGACAGAUCUUCUACGCCCUUGCAAGCACGAAGAGAGCGACGACUUGGGCAACAAGAACCAUUCUACAGACCUACGGAAAGAUCAAAUUUUGAGUGACUCGGCCGUCAUUCACGACCCAGCCAUUAUUGACAUUGGUUUCCGGGAUACCAAGCCAACAGACAGCGGUUCCGAACACAACCAAGAUGAUCGCUUUCAGGGGCUUCUGCGAAAACUCCAGCGACCUUUGCAAGACGAACAGUCAAAAUACCAGGUCACCAGAAAUGGCGUUGCUCGCCCAAGACAAGUUUCCGAGGAUUCUGGUAUUGAUACCAGAGGACCGGCCAAGGCUCGAACUCUUAACCCACUAGCAAGGGAGUUUUCCACCUUCGCUCCUCAGACAUCUUCAGUCACAUCAGACAAGGCUGAAGAGAGGGACAGGAAAACCAUCAUCUCUCUUCUGGAGCAACUACAGAGUUACGAGGCAUACAUCGAGUGGCGCAAGGCAAACGAGCCCGGCUAUGCUCUUGAAUGCAAGGCGAGACAGGCCAAGAGGGCACUUCGGCCUAUUCCUGGCUGA